UCGCACAAUAUGCAAUAUUGUGUUCAAAUCCGCAUAACGAAUUUUAUUAAUAAUUAUCAAGAACCGCCGAGCUUUCAUGCAUAAUUUAGUAUUUUACUCCUUCUCCGCGUGCAAGUUUUUUUAUAUUAUCUGCUUUGUUGUACUACAUAUUAAUUUUAAUUUAUGGACAAGCAAGGCCGUAUUAAUCUCGCUGUCAAACGAGUUCAGGAUGGAGUCUUUUCUCUGCGUGCUGCAUCGAAGCUGCAUAAAAUUCCCUUCACUACACUGCGUGAUAAGGUGGAUACAUCUUCCGGAGUACAUAUUUGUAGUCAACCCGGACAUUUUCAACAGCAAUUACAUUUUUGAUUAUGUUAACGACUAUGUACAAGGUUUAUACAUCUGGUUACAGAGCGGAUUCCCAAGAUUCGCGGAUUGGGUUUUGGUGGUGUUUUCCGUCGAGCGGUUUCGUGCCGUCGUGAAACCUCUGUCGCAGCCAAUCUCCAUCAGAGUUUCUCGGAUCAAUGUCGUAACUUGCUUCCUGUAUGGAACCGUGGCGUGCGUUGAUAAGGCCAUCGCCCAGUAUUAUUUGCUGGCUACCCUUGACAUUCCGAGUUUCGAUGCCGAAACAUCACUGGCCUUCCAGCCAUCGCUGCCCCAAAGUUUGCAAACCUGGAACGCCAUAUCAAUCUUCUACGGAGUGGUGGAGACAUUCGUCAUAUUCGGCAUUCUUCUGAUAUGCAACGUAACCAUCAUUUACAAAGUCAUCAACCAUCGCCGCAAAACUGUCCGGCUACAAGCCGACUCGCAUCUCAGGAAACCGGGAACCACUAAAGCGCCACAUCGAGCCAAACAGAAAAUGGAGGCACCGCUUCUGAUUUCCGCCGUUUCGGUGUAUUUGAUAUGCAGGCUUCCACAAGCGGUCAAUGACACCCUGGGGCGGCUGUCGCGAUAUCCCUUCUGCUUUGUUAAUUACCAGAGUUAUAACGUGGUGUGGCGUCCUGCCGAUGUCAUAAUGCUGAUUCCGUAUUCCAUCAACUUUUAUCUGUACUGCGCAUUUAGUACGAAAUUCCGCAAGGGAGUGAAAGCGACCUUUACGGUAGUGUUACUAAAAACAAAGUUGUGGAAGAAUGCAUCGUCUCGUGGUCAAGAGGAAUCGACGCAGAUUCGCCAAGCAACAUCUACAAGUGGCCCAUACACUCUCCCCAGUUAAAUCCAAGCUCAGAUAAAGAUACCUGCAGUCGACAGAUUUCACAGAAACCUGGAAAAAGCUUAAGGGUUUGUUAUUUUAUGUAGAACAAGCAACUUCGUGCAGCUCGGUUAUAAAUACGACUACGGAUAAUACGAAACUUUAGCGAACAUUCAACGGGUACACGUACUUACUUGCACCUCCACCGGCGGCUUCCAAAUAUGUACAUACUUACUUUCUUAAGCUAGCCUGCAGUGCAAUUUGUAUGAGUAUCAAAAUUAUACAUAGUAUGCAUCAAUUCCGAUUGAAAAGGAACUGGGGAAGGGGUUUUCAAUUUACGGAUGUUACCGUCCGGCUAGGCAGGAUGCUGGUGUCCGGCUCAGAAAAAGUUUUGAUGAUACUACAACUUCUGUAACUCUGAUAAACUACGCUAACG